AUGUCAGGAAACUUCAACAACAAUAACGACCCCCGGUUCAGCCAGCACCGCCCCUACCAGUCUCCACAGCAGCAGCACAACAACUCAAUGUUCAGACCCCCGACCCCUGCAGGCCAAGUCCCGCCCUUUAUCGACCCCCGUUCCCUCCACGGCAACGGUUCUCAGUUUGGCCAACCUUCUCCAAAUGGUAGAUAUCCUGUUCCCCCAGUCCGGUUCCCCGGUCAUCAGUCUCAGCAUGGUUUUCCUAACCGCCCUGGAGCUCCCCCACAUGUCGGAGGGCCUGCACCCGUGAGCGGUCCUCGACCUGUUCACCAGCCUCACCAGUUUCAUGGCCAGCAGCAAUACCAGCCCUUGCCUACAGGACCUGCUUUUCAUGCUAUGGUCCAUGCUCAGAAUAUGCAGAACAUGCAUCAUAUCAAGACGUCUAGUACAGGAAGCAACAAUGAUAACCUCGACCGUCAAAGGACCAGCUCUCCAGGACCUACCAGUCCCACACAACCCCCAAGCCGUCAGUUGCCACCCAUCCCUUUCGACAAGGUUGCCGACACUAUGGAAGUUAUUGAUGGCGCUAUCAAGUACGGAAAAACCAUGAGCGACAUCAACAGUCUUACCGGCAACAGCAGUAACAGCAACAACAACAACAACAGUAGCAGUGGUGAAAGCCGUACCUACCAAGGCAGCGCUGAAAAAGACGACGAAAAGCCAUCCACCAACCGGUCCUUCCACUCAGAUUUCGAAGACAUCAAGCGCAACGUCGAAGCCCUCAGGGACCGUUCCGACGAAUCUGAACUCUCUAAGGUGGUCGACCGGGGUGUCGAGUCUGUGAUUGCCGCCCAGGGAACCAUUGCCAUCGGAACAGCAGGCAUCAAGACGGGUAUCGCGUUUGCCAACAAGGUUGUUUCCGAGAAGGGUCAGGCGUUUGUCAACAACAUCGAGUCGAACCCGGCCCUGAACCACCUUGUUCAAUUGGCGGACAAGUUGGUCGAUAUUGGCAAGACCGUGCCCUUUAUUGCACCCGCUUUUGUCAUCCUCAAGCUCAUUAUCGACGUGGAGCGAACGGCCAGAGACGCCGACGUCAAGUGCAACGACCUCCUAGAGCGCAUCAACUUCAUGGUCAGCCACCUAACCGUCUUGGAACGCGUCCCGGCCAUCGACCCUCUCGUGGCCGUAAUCGAACGGAUGAAUCAGAACCUGAAACGAGCCGCGUCCUUGAUCCAGGCUUACCGCAAACAGGGCAAGAUCGCCAGACGGCUGAACAUGUCGAACGGGGCCAACUUUGAAUCCAUGGCGUCUAGUAUUGCGACCUGUUGUCAGGAUCUGAUGUUCAGUUUGCAGAUUCAGCAGACGGGGGAUAUCUCUGUGUUGUCGAGAUUGGUUCCGUCGGAUGCCCAGGAUGAGGAGGCAAAGAAGUUUGUUCAGGCUAACGGUGGACAGGAUAUCAUCAACAACAACCCAGCGUUAGUAGAGGAGUUUGCGAAAAAGAUGCACCUGACGAUGAGCAGCGAGGUCAUGGAGCAGAUGCAGACCAACAUGGAGGAUCUUAUGGAGGAGAACCAAUCUCGGAUCGAAGCCCUCCUUCAGGAAAACAGCAGCAAGACCGUCGCCGAGACCAUCAAAGCCAUGGCCUCCCAAGCUCGCGAACAAGAGGCAGAACAACGUCUGACCUGUCUCCAGUGCGACAAGGAGUACCGCGAGUCUGCCAAUGGACCUGAGGCCUGUUCGUUCCACAGGUCGAGCAAGAUCGAGGAUUCUUUCGCUUGCUGCGGGAAGGCGAGCCCCUGUACGUACUCGAACCAUCGGUCGGCACACCAUUGCGAGUAUCCCUAUACCAACUUCUUUGGGUACGUGAGGUCGAUUCUGGGGUAUGUGGAUACGAUCCAGAGGUGGGUAGAGAUCUCAGAGAAGGACCUGUUGACGGAUAAAGAGCAGACUGUGUCGGUUAGCAAGUUGAUCCGGUGGAAGUCAAAACAUGACAGGAUCACAAAGCCAAUGAUGGUCAUUCGUGUGGGGAGGAUCUAUUAUGAGAGCAAGUAUUAUUUCCAUGUCUUUGAUGCGGAGGCGAUCAAGGCUGCGAACGACAAGGUCCGGAAGACAGGGAACACGGUCAUCUUCAAGUCGACUGAUAGUCUGGAUGAGUAUGGACUGGCUGAGUGGACGUUGGAUGAUGUGGGGGUUAUCAAUGGAGUCAGGGUUGCCGUCAAGGUCACCACCAGCGACAAUCCUGAGAUAUCGGUCCUUCCACUCGACAUUGACACCGUCUCGCCCUCGGGAGAGGUUCAGUCGAUCUCCAAGGCAGUGUUCAAGGUCUACAAGCCCGCCGAGCCAUACAAGUUCCCAGAACUCCGUCAUGUCGGCCCUACACUCCGCGCAACCGCCCUACGCGAGGUCCGCGAGUUCAAGCCCAAGACCAAGCUGCCAUUGGUGAUCUUCCCCGAGGGCAAGAUGGUCGCCAAUUCCCGUGGUCAGUUUGUCCGAAGCAACGCCGACAAGUUCCAGGGCACUCUUCGUCUCUUCAACAAGUCUUCUCCAACCAACCAGGACUUUGUGACCUUGGUCUCUUGCAAGGCCGAGUACCGUCUUGUCGGCGAGCAGGAAUACAAGGAUGUAGAGACUUUGACUCUGGAGAAUGUCAAGUUUCCGGCCUCGAUUGCGCCCAACCAGUCGUUGGAAGUUCCCUUUGAGGCGAUCGUCCUCCGCAACGCUGCCCAACAAGCGUUGAGACAGAACUGUUGGAACUGGGCCAUGAUCGCGCUGCACAACCCGGUCCGCAUCCGGUUGACUUUCAAGGACAUCGAGGGCGAGGAGUUGGUUUAUGUCCAGGAAUACGUCCACAAGCCGUCGAUCCGGGUCGCCGCCAAAGAGGAAAAGGAUCUGUUGUUCCUGUAUAUCGACGACAUGCUCGACUCGACUCGGAGCGCGAUCCGAGUCAAGGAGGACGAAGCACCCUUUGUGGUCGACGUCAACUAUACCCGCUUCACCGUCGGCGACCUCAACAAGAUUGUCUACAAGGCCGAGAAAUCGGGCCAGACCGAGGUCGAUCUCAAGUGUGGACGGGAUGCGGGGUCCUACAAGUGGGAUGCUUGGGCGUUGGUUGAUUUGAGCUGCAGACGGGUUUAUGGAUUCAAGGUGUUGUUGACGACUGGGUCUACUACGGAGAAGCGGACUACUGCGACGUUGGGGUAUGCACCUUGCCCGUUGUAUCCGAGUGGAAGUGGGAAUGAUGCACAGUCAAAGGAUGUCAUGAACAUCGAUGAUUUGGAAGAGAGACCUAUCCAGUAUGCGGUCGAGACGGAUGUCUUUCCAGAAGUUGAGCCUUCGGAACCGUUGAAGGUUGUCGAGGAUGAUGAUGUGGAUGACGAGAAGGUCGUGGUUGCUCUCGAUGCUGUCCCUGUAUCUGCGGUUGCGAUUGCGGCGGCAGCGGCGACGAGCGUCACGGCGGCGUUGGGCGAGGUGUCCAAGGCGACGGCAUCCUUGGAUAGUGCAGUCUUUGCGGGGAGCAUGGCGUCGCUAGAGAAGCGUCUCGAAUCUUUGGAUACCAAUGUUGCCCGUAUGGCCACCGCCCUCGAGAAGCUGGUCACCAUCCUCAGCCAAUAA